UUGACAGUCCUUUACAUUUGACGUGACAACUGGCGUGGCGUUCGUUUUCUCAAUUUCUUUGCGAAUUUUAACAAUUUUUUAGCAAAAAACAAGGAAAAAUAUUUUAAAUAUGGCUAAAAAGAAAAAUGAAGAGUCGACAAAUGAUCAGGACUUCGAGGAGGAGCCGAAUUUUGAUGAUCCCGAGGGUUUUGUUGAUGAUAUCAGCGAUGAGGAAUUGUUGGCCGACAAGUUGGAACAACGUCCCUCUGAAGCUGAUGGUGUUGAAAAUGUUGUUGUGGUAGAUAACAUACCCAAAGUUGAACCCUCACGUUUGGAAAAAUUGAAAAUGGUUAUCAGUAAGCUGUUCUCCAAUUUCGGUGAAAUUGUCAACUCUGUGUAUCCUGUUGAUGAGGAGGGUAAAACCAAGGGUUUUGCUUUUAUGGAAUUCAAGAAUUCCCAACAAGCUGAAGAGGCUGUCAAGAAUUUGAACAAUCAUCGUUUGGAUAAGAAUCACACUUUUGCUGUGAAUUUAUUUACUGAUUUCCAAAAGUACGAUAAUAUUCCCGAAAAAUGGGAACCUCCCACUCCACAACCCUUUAAAAUGCAAAAUGAUUUGUACAGUUUCCUUAUGGAUCCUGAUGCUUACGAUCAAUAUUGUGUGGCCGCUGAGAGCUCACCCAACAGUGUGCAAGUGGCUUUCUGGCAAAAUACCCUACCCGAACCUAAUGAAUUGGAAUCCCGCGAAAACUUUACCGACACCUUUGUUAAAUGGUCUCCUUUGGGUACCUAUGUGGUGACAUUCCACAAACCUGGUGUAGCCAUCUGGGGUGGUAGCAAGUUUACCCGUAUUCAACGUUUCCCUCACCCUGGCACACAAUUUGUUGAGUUCUCUCCCUGCGAAAAUUAUUUGGUUACCUAUGGUCCUACACCCACCGGCCAAAAGGUGGUUAUUUGGGAUAUUCGUUCUGGUGCUGAAAAACGUUCCUUCGUAGCCGAUGGUGUCUCCAUGUUCUCUAUGUUCCGUUGGUCUCACGAUGACAAAUAUGUUGCUCGUUUGGGUGAUAAUUCCAUUCACAUCUAUGAAACUCCCUCUUUCUACCUGCUCGACUUGAAAUCCAUUAAGGUACCCGGAAUUCGCGCCUUCUCCUGGUCACCCACUGACAAUGUUAUUGCCUACUGGGUAGAAGAACAAAAUCAAAUUCCUGCUCGUGUCACCUUGCUUGAAAUUCCCAAGAAACGUGAAAUUCGUAACAAGAAUCUUUUCCACGUUGCCGAUUGUAAAUUGCACUGGCAAAAAUCUGGUGAUUACUUGUGUGUGAAAGUAGAUCGUUACUCGAAAUUGAAGAAGGACAAAAAGGAUUCUGAUGUUAAAUUCUUGGGUAUGUUCUACAAUUUUGAAAUCUUCCAUAUGCGCGAAAAGGAAGUGCCAGUUGAUUCUGUGGAAAUCAGAGAAUUGAUUUUGGCCUUUGCUUGGGAACCAGUGGGCAACAAAUUCGCUAUUAUUCAUGGUGAAACUAACAACUCCAAUGUCAGUUUCUACGAAGUCAACAAUGGUGUCAAGCCUACAUUAGUAAAGAAAUUGGAAAAGAAAUCCUGCACUCAUCUCUUCUGGUCACCCAGAGGUCAAUUUAUCGUCAUGGCCAAUUUGACCACCGGUACUUUUGAAUUUGUUGAUACCAACAACAACUUCCUCAUUACCGCUUCCCCCGAUCAUUUCCGUGCCUCGGAAGUUGAAUGGGAUCCUACUGGUCGUUAUGUUGUUACCGGCGUUUCCUCGUGGAAGGUCAAAGAAGAUACUGGCUUUAACAUGUACACCUUCCAAGGUCGCAUUAUACGUCGUAAUAUCCUCAAGAAUUUCGUACAGUUCUUGUGGCGUCCACGUCCAGCCACUCUUCUCAGCGAAGAGGAGAUUAAGGAUAUUAAGAAGAACUUAAAGAAAUACUACUUCAUCUUCGAACAAAAGGAUCGCAUGCGUGUUACUCGUGCCUCCAAGGAAUUGUUGGAGAAACGUGCUCAAUUGCGUAAUCAAUUUAUGGAAUACCGUAAUAAGCGUGAAAGCGAAUGGAAAGAACAGAAAGCAAGACGUAUGCAACUCAGAAAUCAUUUCGAUACAGAUAGUUUGGAUACCGAAGAAGUUGAUGAAGAAAUUAUUGAAUUUUUGGUCAAAGAAGAAACAACCGUACUCGAGUAGUUCCACUUAUAGCAGUUAAGCAUCUUUGUCCUAAUUAUAAUAAAUAUAAUUAAUUAAACAUAUUUAAUCAGCCAAACAACCGCAAUCAUUCUGUUGAUCAUAAAAUAAAAAAAAAAACGACAAAUUAACUUGCUUUUGCUUUAUUGGUAGAAACAACCAAUACAUUGGCCUCCCAAAAAAAAAUUAUAUAUCGUCUUUUAGAAAAAAAGCAAGUGUCGUUUACUAGUAAAUAAAAUAAAUAAAAUCAA